AGCUACGGACAAAAUCUCGCCGGAUGAGCGCUUUUUUCAUCAUAAUCCUACCCUCAAACCUAACCCAAAACCCAGGAUUUUAUGGGAUUUAGUAUUAUAUCUAGACAGAACCACUGUUUUCAUCCUAAACCUAACCCAAACCUAACCCUAAAACCAAAAUCCCGCGAGAUUUGGUCGUAUAGCUGUAUCCCCUCUAACCAGAACCGUGAACGGACGCAAAGCUGUCCUUCUGCAGACACACUACUAUCUUGAUAAGCCUACUAUUCCCUGAUCAAAGGUAGCAAAGACCAUUGAAGAGACGACGUUUAACUGCGCGAAAUGAAGUUCAUUGUUCGUGCAGGCAAACCUGAAGAUUGCAGAGAUAUAGAACGCAUGAUAAUGGAACUGGCCGUUUAUGAAAAUAUGCCAGACCAAGUGAAGAUAUCCCAUAAAGAGUUGGAGAGGGACGGAUUUGGCUCAAACCCUUAUUACCAAUGUCUUAUAGCUGAGGUGCCUGAGGAGCAAAAGUCUAAAGAUGGACAUACCAAAGUUGGAUAUGCUCUCUUCUUCUAUACGUAUAGCACCUGGAAAGGGAGGGUUGUGUUUAUAGAAGAUUUAUAUGUCAUGCCAGACUACAGAGGUAAAGGCAUUGGGAAGGCUUUAAUGGCAACUGUUGCCAAAGUGGGCAAAGAGAAGCAGUGCAUGCGUUUACAGCUCUCAGUUCUGGAUUGGAACAGACCCUCUUUGGAGUUUUAUUUGGCUAAAGGUGCAGAGGACCUUACAGCUAAAGAAGGCUGGCAUUUUAUCCGCUUCAGUGGAGAGGCUCUAGACAGUCUAGCUCAGGAGGCACCUUAGUUGAGAGGCUCCUCGCCGCAGAGCAAAAAAGGGGGGUUCGUCGGAUUCUGCAGCAGGUGUCAUGAACAAUUCUGUCCCCCCUGGUAAUUCUGCCCCCUCAGGACCCCCCGCAAUUCCAUUGGCUGAAAAAACUCCUCAUGGCUAGUUUUUUAAGUGCCUUAUUACAAUUCCUACAAAAUCGCGUUAUGGUUUAUGUAGUGUUAUGCCCUCCAUAGGGAAAAACAAUGAAGGAGGAGGAUGCAAGAACGGCAGUUUCAAAAUAUAUGUUUAUUCUAAGCAAUCAUCACAAAAAUAUGGCUAUGCAGGCGUUUAAAAUUCACAGCAGCGCCUGAUUACGUCUUGGUCCUGGCCAGGGAUCGGUGUCAGCUUUUGGCAUCGCAAGUCAGGGUGUUUUUAUAGACGGGCACACCUGUGCACCGGUAAUCCCAAUCCACCUGAUUACUCCCCACAGUACUACAGCGCAACUGUAGAGGGAGCAUAACACACGGCACAAAAGUAAACACGGAGAGGUGGCUGUGACAGUAAGAACGUUGUUAAAAUUACAAUUGACGUCUUUUAAAUGAUAUGUUUCAUAUAGUAAAUGAAGCUAUAGGUGGUGAGAUCUACACAUUGCUUGUGUCAUUUUAUUUUUUAGACAUUGCAUACUGUACCAGGGCUGGAC